AUACCAUACAACGUUUAUCGAUUGCCUGUAUUAGUUACUUCUUACAGCUGGUUAGUAAAAAUGACUGUCGUACUCAUUACUGGUGCCAACCGUGGCAUCGGCUUCGCUAUUGCUCAGGCCAUUUCCGUCUCUCUUCCAACAAGCACUGUGGUCAUUGGUUCCCGUGAUAUCAGUCUUGGCGAAGAUGCUGUAAGGCGUUUGCAGAUGGGUGGAGUAGCCACUGCUUUAUAUACCGUUCCCCUGGACAUUGAGAACGAUGCAUCUAUAGCCACUGCGGCAAAUAUCAUGGAAGAGCGUUUUGGAAAACUCGAUAUCUUAAUCAAUAAUGCUAUCAGGCUUGAUACCUCCUACCCGACUGAGAUGGAAGCGUCACGUGAGAUCUCUAACUCGAAUUUUAACAAUGCUGUAACAUCAAACAAUAUUGUUACCCGCACUUUUACAGCACUGCUUCGAAAAGCUCCAUGGCCAAGAGUGAUUAUGAUUUCUAGUACUCGUGGGAGUAUUCAGAGAACUGUGAACAGAGAGCUCCCGCCUGUUGUCUCUUUUGACUACUGCAUCACCAAGACUGCCUUAAACAUGCUCACCGUGCAAUUACAAGCUGCAGAGGAUGGCAAUGCCGAAAGUGACAACAAGAUUACGUAUUGGCUUGCGAGUCCAGGCUACUGCAAGACGGGAUUCAAUGGAUUCAAAGGUCAUAAAGACCCUCUUGAAUGUGCGGAAGUAGUAUUACGAUUGCUAAAGUCAAACCGAGGUGAAAUUCGCGGUGGGACAUUUUGGGAGUUUGAAAAGGGACAUUUUCGAGAGGUUCCUUGUUCCAUCAAGAAAAGCCGCAAACAAUGUAACACACAAAACCCCCUUCAAACCAGAGGACUUUCAUACAGCAGGGCCAUUCAAGCUCAGAGGCACAGUGUCCAAGUGUCCAAGUUGUCGGUGCAGCCGGGCCACAGACAAUUGAUCAGGACAUCUACGGGAAAUCACCGAAUUGGCGCCGCGUAUGCAGCACAAACCCUCUCCAAGCCCCUCACUGUCGUACGUCUAGAAACUGUGGUGCCCGAAAAGUUGGAAAAGAUUCAAAUAUAUGGCAUAGACGUGGUUCUCUAUGGAAGUGAAACUGGUCUGGCAGAACAGCAUGCCCAGCGACUUGCUAAAUCUCAAGGGUACACUUACAUCUUGCCUUACAACGAUCCUGAUGUUAUAGCAGGACAAGGAACAAUCGGCCUUGAGAUUAUGGGGCCGUGCGAGCAGGUAGACAGUAUCUUCGUUUCCAUGGGUGGUGGCGGGCUUAUAUGUGGCAUUGAGGCAGUCGUUAAACCCUUUAGUCCACGUACCAAGGCCUAUGGUAUUGCGGCAACUAACUCGAAGGCACUUGGAGAUUCUAUGGCCGUCGGCCGUGUGGUUGAGACAAAACAUCAACAUACCCUAGCCGAUGCGAUGGCCGGUGACAUCGACGUAGAAUGUAAUGAGAAAGAUAUCUGGUGAGCCUUAAAAGAGCUUGCUUUCAAGGAGAAUAUGAUCGUUGAGGGUCCUGCUGCUCUCACCCUUGCAGGGUUCAACAAGAUUGUACACCCAUUAACUGGAGAGACCAGUGUUAUUGUGGUCUGAGGAGAAAAUUUCAACCUUGAUAUCAUCCGAAACCCAAUUUUUGGCUAGUACCAACACCCAAGGAACGAGCUGGAUCAACUCCCCCUAAUUAUAUGGUGGCUGGAAUUAAGGUAGCUUUUUGAAUCAAUAUGCUCGACAGACAGUGAUUGGUUCAACUCAGGAAAAAGGUCGUGUCAGGAGUACAUGUAUAUCGCACCUGAGUGAAGCUAGGUCA